CCAAAACUUUGCUGGUCAAACCUCAUCCCCCCAGUUCAUGUCCAACUCAUAACAUUUCCUCAACUCGAUGGACAAUUGGCAGUCACUUCAACUUCACUGGACGUUCCGUGGACAACAUGUUUUAUUCUCGUCAAUCGCUCUACAUUCGUUUUCAAGUUUUUCAACCGCAGCGCUGGUGGUCUCUAUAAUCUGCCUCCUUGAACGGUUCCUUUCGUUUUCUCUCGAUAAAAGACUAGGCCCUGGCAUUCUCAAGCGGUCCCGGUGGCUUAGCGCUCUCUGGAGAACUGCCAUAUACUGGAUAGCGACAUUUCUACGACUGAUGUAUAUGCUCGCCGCAAUGACAUUUCACCUAGGUAUCAUCUUCGUGAUUGUUACCACACUAGCAGCCGCACAACUUGCCAUCGAGCUGCAGAACACGCCAAAUACCCUUCGCUCACGCGACUUCUCCGACGUCAUGUCCCAACCUCUUCUCCAAGAACAUCCAUAUCCUCUAAAGCCCGUAAGAACGCGUCAAAAUUCCAGGUCAAAAUCAAAACCGGACGAUAUUUUUAUACACCCUGCACAAUCCAAUCUCGCUCGUGCUGAUGCUGCCGCGCUGGAACUUGGUAUUUCAGUCGGCACAGAAAGAGUCCACGCUAACAUCUAUGAACGCGAGGAAGCUGCCUGGGAGGUCGGUCAAGGAAAGGACAUGGCGAGGGAGCUGUUAUUAGGACAGAAGCGGAAGAAUCAGCCGUCUUUCCAAGUCGGCAGUGACUCUGAUUUGGAAUCUCCUAGCGAGUAAGUACAAGAUAGUCCCUUUGCGGUAUCAUACAGAUGUAUGUUAGAUUUGUACCAUAUCCAUAAUCAACCUAGAUGUAGACUGCA